AUGGCUGCUCGCCGCCAUCGCCGUCACCACCACCAUACGGCUGCUCACGCACAGAAACUUGUGACUCCAAAGUCUUCGCUAUCACCGACAGUAGCGCAGCACCAACAUGAGGGGCGUAAGGCCACGUAUGAGCAUCAGAACACGCCCUUCGGCGUCAACCCCCCAACCGCUGCCACACCAGAAGUGCAGUCGACGGGAGUUGCUCCGACUGUUAAUUCAACUGCUUUCAAACUCGAAACCGCAUUGAUGCCGCCGAAGUCGCUUGACGAGGCACAUCGCCCCGGAGUGGCGAAGUUUAGCGAUGGCAUUGACCCCAAGUCACGGUCUGUAACUGAUAAGGAAAGGGGGACAGUUGGCACCAAGACAACGGGACAUCAGCAACUAGGGAUGCACUGUAAGCCCACAACAGAGGUUUCUGAUGAUGCCAGCAAGUUGGUUGCAGAAGCAAAGAAAAAAACGGAGCCGACCGCGCAGGGAGAUGUGGGGGCAUUCAAGAGCAUGAAACAACACCAGGGGACGCAGUGCCAACUUCCAAAACCUGAUGUGGACACCAGAAUUUCAGAAACAGCCACUAUGACGGCUGCUCCCGUACAAACCACUGCGGUCCAGAUGACUGUAAGCGCGCUGGAGGAGCGGCAGCGGCUUUGGAGGGGUGGUACAGCGCUCUCAAUGGCUACGGGAAAUAUCGGCGCAACUCAUUGUGUCGAAGGGCCGAAGGGAACACAGGUUGAGACCCACUACGAUUUGAACGGGUCAAGGCAUCAAGCGCAUGCCGCCCCACGAGGAUUUGAAUCCAGGCAGCCCAAAGGCGACACAACUUUCCCUCCGUCAGUGGUGGAGUUGACUUCCACGAAAAACGGCAUCAAUCACACCAAACAAAGCGUGACGACCCCCGCACAUCUCGCCAUCUCCAGCGUGCUUCCCCGAAACGUCCCCGAAAUGCAUUCACAGGGAUUAAAUUAUGGGGAUGGGCCCGUAUAUAGCAAGGAUUUUGUGUGUCAAACCCCCGGUGAAGUUGAAAGAGCUCGGAACAACGGUGAUGCGCUAAAACAGAAGCGCGUCAACAGCUCCGUGAGCAGACCCAUUCUCUCCGCAUUUGUCGAUGUAAAAACAUUUCAGAAAAACAACAUGAACAUAGUGACAGACGAAACUGCGUUUAACACAGCAACGAAGAAGGCUUCGAUGGAAAGGUUGGAAACUCGGCAAAAGCGCUCGAAAACAGAUGGGGAAAGGAAACGCGCUAAGAAAUUAUCUGCGAGAAGUCGAAUGAGAGAGAAAGAUACCACGGCGAAGAAAGCAGAAGAAGCAGCUAGGAAGAAAGCAGAGGAGGAAGCUGCCAGGAAGAAAGCAGAGGAGGAAGCUGCCAGGAAGAGAGCAGAGGAGGAAGCUGCCAGGAAGAAAGCUGAGGAGGAAGCAGCCAGGAAGAAAGCUGAGGAGGAAGCUGCCAGGAAGAAAGCUGAGGAGGAAGCAGCCAGGAAGAGAGCAGAGGAGGAAGCUGCCAGGAAGAAAGCUGAGGAGGAAGCAGCCAGGAAGAAAGCUGAGGAGGAAGCUGCCAGGAAGAAAGCUGAGGAGGAAGCUGCCAGGAAGAAAGCAGAGGAGGAAGCUGCCAGGAAGAAAGCAGAGGAGGAAGCUGCCAGGAAGAAAGCUGAGGAGGAAGCAGCCAGGAAGAAAGCAGAGGAGGAAGCUGCCAGGAAGAAAGCUGAAAAAAUGCGAAAACGCGCUCAAGCACGAAACGCACGCAUGAAGGCCGAAGAAGCUGCCAGGAAGAAAGCAGAGGAGGAAGCAGCCAGGAAGAGAGCAGAGGAGGAAGCUGCCAGGAAGAAGGCAGAGGAGGAAGCUGCCAGGAAGAGAGCAGAGGAGGAAGCUGCCAGGAAGAGAGCAGAGGAGGAAGCUGCCAGGAAGAAGGCUGAGGAGGAAGCAGCCAGGAAGAAGGCUGAGGAGGAAGCUGCCAGGAAGAAAGCAGAGGAGGAAGUUGCCAGGAAGAGAGCAGAGGAGGAAGCUGCCAGGAAGAAAGCUGAGGAGGAAGCAGCCAGGAAGAAGGCAGAGGAGGAAGCUGCCAGGAAGAAAGCAGAGGAGGAAGCAGCCAGGAAGAAGGCUGAAAAGAUGCGAAAACGCGCUCAAGCACGAAAGGCACGCAUGAAGGCCGAAGAAGCUGCCAGGAAGAAAGCUGAGGAGGAAGCUGCCAGGAAGAAAGCAGAGGAGGAAGCAGCCAGGAAGAAGGCUGAGGAGGAAGCAGCCAGGAAGAGAGCAGAGGAGGAAGCAGCCAGGAAGAAGGCUGAGGAGGAAGCUGCCAGGAAGAGAGCUGAGGAGGAAGCUGCCAGGAAGAAGGCUGAGGAGGAAGCUGCCAGGAAGAAGGCUGAGGAGGAAGCAGCCAGGAAGAAGGCAGAGGAGGAAGCUGCCAGGAAGAAGGCUGAGGAGGAAGCAGCCAGGAAGAAAGCAGAGGAGGAAGCAGCCAGGAAGAGAGCAGAGGAGGAAGCUGCCAGGAAGAGAGCUGAGGAGGAAGCUGCCAGGAAGAAGGCUGAGGAGGAAGCAGCCAGGAAGAAGGCAGAGGAGGAAGCUGCCAGGAAGAAGGCUGAGGAGGAAGCAGCCAGGAAGAAAGCAGAGGAGGAAGCUGCCAGGAAGAAGGCUGAGGAGGAAGCUGCCAGGAAGAAGGCAGAGGAGGAAGCUGCCAGAAAGAAAGCAGAGGAGGAAGCUGCCAGGAAGAAAGCUGAGGAGGAAGCUGCCAGGAAGAGAGCAGAGGAGGAAGCUGCCAGGAAGAAGGCUGAGAGAGCCCGAAAACUUGCUGAAGCACGAAAAACUCUGCGGAAGCGAGCGAAUAAAGGUGCACGCAGAAUGGCAGAAAAGGUUUCCCGUAACCAGCUUCAGAGUGAUGCUUGGACAAAGAAGGAAGAGGCUGAGCGCAUGAAGGCUGAAGAAGAUGCUGAGCGCAUGAAGGCUGAAGAAGAUGCUGAGCGCAUGAAGGCUGAAGAAGAUGCUGAGCGCAUGAAGGCUGAAGAAGAGGCUGAGCGCAUGAAGGCUGAAGAAGAGGCUGAGCGCAUGAAGGCUGAAGAAGAUGCUGAGCGCAUGAAGGCUGAAGAAGAGGCUGAGCGCAUGAAGGCUGAAGAAGAGGCUGAGCGCAUGAAGGCUGAAGAAGAUGCUGAGCGCGUGGAGGCUGAGGAAGAGGCUGAGCGCAUGAAGGCUGAGGAAGAGGCUGAGCGCAUGAAGGCUGAAGAAGAGGCUGAGCGCAUGAAGGCUGAGGAAGAGGCUGAGCGCAUGAAGGCUGAAGAAGAGGCUGAGCGCAUGAAGGCUGAGGAAGAGGUUAAGCGCAUGAAGGCUGAGGAAGAGGCUGAGCGCAUGAAGGCUGAGGAAGAGGCUGAGCGCAUGAAGGCUGAAGAAGAUGCUGAGCGCAUGAAGGCUGAAGAAGAGGUUAAGCGCAUGAAGGCUGAAGAAGAGGCUGAGCGCAUGAAGGCUGAGGAAGAGGCUGAGCGCAUGAAGGCUGAGGGUGGGGCUGGGCGCAAGAAUUCCGACGAAGAAGGAUGUGUUGUGGAAGAGGAGGGGUUGGGAGGAAAUCGUGCCAGUGACGGGCCUCCGCGGAUUGCGUCUAACCAGGAAUGCACUUUAUCUGAACAGCAGCGACAUGAAAGAGCAAGGAAAAAGUUAGAAAGAUAUAGAAAGCAGGUGAUGGCCCGCAACCAGAGACCAGUCUGUAAGGUAGGUGAUGUGACUGCAGCUGCUGUCACGCAAGCUGUUGGUGACGUGCCGCUCAUUUCCACGAGUAGAGUUAGCGGUUUGCCCACGGUCACACCCGUUUCCUCUCCGUCGGAGGCAACUUUGGUUGCCAAUGCUCUCAUCUUUCCAAACGGCAGUGUUGCGAUCGAAAAGUUUGACGAGAACCGACUGGUAGUGCGACGGCAAAGCUUGGAUGUUCCGUGGGAUAUUGGCCUGCGGUUCGACUGGACAGUUAAAACGCUGGCCAUCGGUUCCUUACCGAUGUACAGGCUCUCAGACCCACGCCGUUUGCACCCCUUCAUGCGUACGUAUCAGUCAAAGCCCGUGUGGUUCCUCGAGGAAGUUAACGGCACAAAAGCCAACAACAUUCGCGAGGUAAUGGAAGUUCUCAAGAAAAGUCUCCUGGCGACGUUCGUGUUCCGGAAAUGA